GCACGUCGAAGCAAACCAUCCCUUUGGCCGCAGUGGCGGGCGGCCGGAUCUGAUCGCCCCCCGGUCGGGAAUUUUCGAAAUCGUAGGGCCGGCGGACUUAGAUGAGGUGUUCGAGGAAUACGUGUACACCAAAACCAAUUUCUCCAGUACAAUUUCAGCGAGUAGUACCAGCAGUCCGCGUAACACCUUCGAAGAGCGCCGUGUGAUCCUGCUGGAGUACCGUCCGAUGUACCCACUCGGCUUGGAUCGCAGUUUGAUUUACCUGGACUUUGCCGAUACGGUGGUGGUGCGGCCGCUGCAGAACCUGGUUAUGGUCGCCGAGCGGCGGCAGAUGCGGGCGUUAGAGCGGCUCUGCCUCGAGGAUUCUGACAUUCACUUCAACCCGCUGCUACGCGAACAGAUUCUUGUCCAGACUGGUACUAGUUCCUCCGGCAACAUGAGCAUUUCUGCUGCACCGUCGCGUUCCGAAGUAGAAACGCCCCGGCAGCUAAAGAUGCACACUACCGCGCCGGAUGGUGUUCUGGCUGCCCCGGCGCACAACCUCCACCCAAGGAGCACUGGCGCGGCCCAAGGGAGUAGACCUCCGGAAGAAGUUUUGUUCCCGGGGACUACUACAGCUGGCGCCGCAUCCUCCAACAGCACGAAACCCAACUUGUACCGUGUGUCCAACGCAAGCGGUGCGAGCCGAGCCACCCGGGCCGCGCUGGCCCAGCAGUACUCCUCGCUGCGCACUUUUGAGGCCAAGCACGUGGCGCGGCCGCCCGACCGCGCGGACCAGCUGUCCAGCGGGCAGCUGCAAGCCGUGUUGGCGAGUCAAAACGCGCGCAACGGGGAGAUCGUGCAGAUCCGGGGGCCCCCGGGCACCGGGAAAACCUUCGUGGCGGCCGAGAUCGUCUACAACUGGUACAAGUCCGACGUGCAAAACAGCCGGCGCGGCAUCCUGGCCGUGGCCCAAUCCAACGCGGCCGCGAACGUGAUCGCCAAGUACCUGUGGGAGCGGAAGCUCCCGGUGCUCCGGGUCGGCACCAAGGAAGGCCCGAAAGCCUUCCAUGCGAAGCGCGCGGAAUGGCAAGCGUUUUUCCGCCAGAAGUCCGACGCCCGGGGGCAAGAGCUCUUGGCGCUCUUCACCAAGUGGUCCGCACUCCGCGACAAGUUUCUCGCGCUGCGGGACGAGCAGUGCUUUACGUUAUACACGAGCGGCACUACUAGUAGCUCCUCGACAGGUAGGAUGAACGUGGCGCUGAGCAAGUUUGUGUACGAGAAACUGCAGCCUGAGUACGCCAAGUGGUGGGCCGAGGAAGGGCGGGGAAGCGGGCGAAGGGCCGGCGGUCUCAUCGGUGCAAGAGGUAGUAGCAGCAUCACUCCAGUGCCCAUGCGCGACGACGGCAGUGGUACAACCACGAGUAACAUUGGCGCCCGGGAGCCGGGUUACGUCGAGUUGCGGGAGGUUCUGCGCAAGGUGCAGAACCGCUUGAUUCAGCACGUCCUGAUCGAGCAUCCGCUGUUGCCAGUGAUAACGACCAACGACGGCGCAGGACACGAACGGCUGCUCGAACUGUCCUCCAAGCGCUGGAAGAGCGAAAACAGGCCGCGGUUUGCGUCCGUCUUGAUCGAUGAGGCCGCCCAGUGCACGGAGCUGGCCACGCUGGUUCCGCUGCAGCACGGCCCGCAGCGCGUGGUGCUGAUCGGGGACGAGCAGCAGCUGCCCGCCGUCCUCAAAUCGGAACGGGCCAAAACCCUGUUCCAGGGAGCGCAGUCACUGUUUGAAAAGCGCGCCAAGCUAGUACAACAAACGGGCGGUCGUGCCGGAGGAGGAGCCGCAACAUCAACCAGCCCGGCUCCGUCGCCCUUCCGUGGCGGCGUGCUGAUUGGCACCAGGAGCACAUCUUCACACCAGCAGCAAGGGUUAGUACAACUUCUGCAGCUGGACCGACAGCGGCGCAUGCACAGCAGCAUCGCGCUUUUUCCCAACACACAGAUGUACGAGGAGCCGAUCAGCAACGACGUCGGUGGGGACGAGCGGGUCUCGCGGCCCCCGCUCGCUGGCUGGGCGUGGCCGCCCUACGAUGACGGCACGGGGGACUGCUUCCGCGUCGUUCUGGUGGAUACCGAUUUGGACGAGCAACAGCGCGAAUUUGUCGAGACCACUGACGCCGUCACGAAAAGCAAGCGCAACACCGCGGAGGCGGACUUGACGAUGAUGACCGUGGUUUCCAUGCUGCAGGCAAAUCCGGAUCUGCAGCCGGACGAGAUCGGCGUCAUCACGCCCUACGCGGAACAGAAGCGCACGCUCCUCGCUUCCGUGGCCCAGUACACCGGGGUGCUUCAACAAGCUUCGAGCGAGAUGUUGAACUACAGCCCGAGUAGUUCUACUGCUGGUGGUGCAACCAGCACCGGGAUGAAGCAGCGCGACCUGCGCGACGUGUUCAUCGACACGGUGGACGGGUUUCAGGGGAACGAGCGGGAGCUGAUUCUCCUUUCCCUCACGCGAACCGAGGGACCCGGGUUUCUCGUGGACUCGCGCCGCAUCAACGUGGCGCUGUCGCGCGCCCGCCGCGGGCUGAUCGUGUUCGGGUCGGGCCGGGUGCUCCGCGGGCUGGACGGCACCAUCGCCCCGGGCGCGGAGGCGGCCAGUCGCAUCCGCAUGUGGCAGGAGUGGCAUGCGUUCGUCACGCAAAACCGCGCGGUCUUCACGGUGAACGAGGCCGAGGAGAUGCUGAUGACUAUCCUGAGCAGCAGCGGCGGCGGCCACGAUUCGAAGAAGGCACGGGCGGUGCUCGCCCGCAUUUCCCGGGAGCACGUGUGCCCGCGGUACGUGCCAACGCGGUUCGUGAACAUCCGCGACGAGACCCGGGACGGCGGGAAGGAGCGUGCCCGUGUCCUGGGAGACGUCGUGCGGAGCGAGCUUCGCUUGCUGACCGCCGCGGAGUGGCAGGACAUCCGAUACGUCUUUGUGGACAGCGGGAACGUGUUGCAUUUCGGCGACGAGGACGCGAUGGUGGCCGCCGGGGCGUCGUCAAUAACCCCACCGGCGGCGGGCCCGACAACACCCUUCGGGGGUGGUGGUGUCGUGCUGUCUCAGACCCUGGCCGAGCGCGCGCAGCUGCACUUCGGCUGGUUAGCGGAAGCGCUCGCGGAAAAGUGCCCCAACGCCCGCGUGAAGAUGCCCAUCGUCCGCUGGAAGUGGGAGAAGAUCCAGGGCCGGUGCAAGGAGCUGUUGGUCGGACGGCACCGCUGGAAGGUACACCCGGUGGACCAGGACAUUGACGCGUUUCUGCUGCAGAACUGCCACGACGUGAUGGCCGCGCAGGGGGUUUCCGUGAAGCAGGUCUGCAUCGUCUCCAACGACAAAUUCCUCAAGGAGGCGGAGUCCUUUCGACACCUCCCGCUCGCACAAUUGCGUGUCCCCUUCACGAUCGAUGAAGAUUCCCAACGUGUCUAUCUCGAGGACAAACGGACAACUGCAUGACCCAUUUUCAUUUCGGAACAUCACGGAGUGAAUUUCAUUUUCAAUGUAGGUUCGAAGAACACGACCACUUUUACAGCUUGGACU